AUGCACCGCAGCCGCGCUCCCGACGGCGUACGCCGUCCGCCUCCGCCACCCGACCCCCACCACCGCCGUGGCUGUCUCCUGCCUCACCAAGACAACUACCAACGCCCGCCGUUGCUCCGCCCGCCGUACCAACAGAACCGCCCGAAACCCCAGUUCUCUCCCCCCUAUCGUGAUCGGCCCCCCGGCCCGCCCCCGUCUCCGGCUCGGCCGAACUUCAUCGUCCAGCUCCGAUCGGACGCCCAGCGCCCCGUGAAGCAGGAAACGGAGGCUGUCGUCCAGAAACUCAGGUUCCAACCGCAGAAAUCACAUGUCAUCUCGUGCAAUUAUAUUGCAGGCACACUUCAUUACGAGCAGUGGAGCGAGGCUCUGGAGACUGUGGUGGAACUGUGGGAGAUGAAAUUAGGUGACAUGAAGCAUAACCUCUGGCCUCGAGUUAUCUUUAUCGUCCAGGUUCCUUCCGAUAAGUCGGAAUUGAACGAUAGGUUGAAGUUGCUGUUUCUGGGGAAACUGAAGGAGCUGGAAGAGGGGGAUAUUGUUAAAAAGUGGCGGAGGAAAUUAGGGAUAUUAGUGGAUGAGAUUCAUAGGAUUUCUCUCUUAUUGAGGAAACCCCAGAGGCUAGUAUUUUCUAGUGAGCUGUUAAGGAAAAGGGAAGGUUUGGAGGCCGAGAGGGAUUUAAUCUUGAAAAGAGUGGAGGAGUUCAAGAGUGCACUUUGCUGUAUCGAAAACUACUUGGAGAAUGGGGAAAAUGAUGAAGGUGGAGUCAUUCCUAUUUUCCGUUUUACAGAUGGAGAGAUAAACUGGUGGAGAAUUCACAAAUUGUUGACUAGAGAAUGUAGGAGGCUUGAUGAUGGGCUGCCAAUUUAUGCCCAUAGGCGUGAGAUCCUGAAGCAAAUAGACAGCCAGCAGGUUACAGUACUCAUAGGGGAGACUGGUUCUGGGAAGAGCACACAGUUGGUGCAGUUUCUUGCUGAUUCUGGAUUUGCUGAUCAUGAGGCUAUUGUUUGUACUCAGCCACGUAAACUUGCUGCCAUCUCACUGGCAGAAAGAGUUAAGGAGGAAACCUAUGACUGCUACAACGAUACAUUGGUUUCCUUUUAUCCAUCAUCUUCAUCUAUUCAGGAGUCCGACUCCAAGGUAAAGUUUAUGACCGAUCACUGCCUGUUGCAGCACUAUAUGAGUGAUAAUCAGUUAUCCAGGAUUUCAUGCAUUAUUGUUGAUGAGGCUCAUGAAAGAAGCUUAAACACCGAUCUUCUUCUAGCUUUGAUAAGGAAUGUACUCAUUAAGAGGUCCUGUCUCAGGCUUGUCAUUAUGUCUGCAACUGCUGAUGCGGACCAAUUUGCACACUACUUCUUCGGUUGUACGACUUUGCAUGUGGCUGGGAGGAAUUUUCCGGUUGACAUUAAGUAUGUAUCUAGUGACUAUGAAAAACCUCCACCUUCUAAAUUAAUCCCCACAUAUGUUCUUGAUGUUUUGAGGAUGGUAACUGAGAUCAACAAAACCAAGAGGGAAGGCACUAUAUUAGCAUUCUUGACCUCGCAGAUGGAAGUUGAAUGGGCGUGUGAGGAGUUGGAAGCACCAUCUGCUAUUGCUUUGCCUUUACAUGGGAAACUUUCUUAUGAGGACCAACAUCGGGUUUUUCUUACCUACCCAGGUAAAAGAAAAGUCAUAUUUGCCACAAACAUUGCCGAGACAUCAUUGACAAUUCCUGGUGUGAAGUACGUCGUUGAUCCUGGGAUGGUGAAAGAUAGUAGAUUUGAAUCUGGUUCUGGAAUGAAUGUUCUCAGGGUUUGCCGGAUCAGCCAGAGCUCUGCUAAUCAGCGAGCUGGUCGUGCUGGCAGAACUGAACCUGGGACAUGUUACAGGCUCUACUCAGAAAGAGAUUUUGAGUCCAUGCUACCUCACCAGGAGCCAGAAAUUCGCAAAGCCAAUCUUGGUGUAGCAGUUCUAAAAAUUGUCUCUCUGGGCAUCAAGGAUGUCCAGAAGUUUGACUUUGUCGAUUCUCCUAGCGUUAACGCUAUAGAUGUGGCUGUCAGGAGUCUUAUUCAAAUAGGAGCAAUUGCAGUGAAAGGUGAUGUUUAUGAUUUAACUGCAGAAGGGAGGGAGAUUGUCAAGUUGGGUAUUGAGCCUCGACUUGGGAAGAUAAUUUUGCAAUGCUUCCGCCAGCGCUUGGGGAAGGAGGGUCUUGUCCUUGCUGCAGUAAUGCCAAAUUCCAGUAGCAUAUUUUGCCGAGUUGGUACAUAUGUAGAUAAGUCGAAAUCUGAUUGCCAGAAGGUGCAGUUUUGCCAUCCUAGUGGUGAUCUCUUCACACUGCUUGCAGUUUAUAAAGAGUGGGAGGCCUUGCCACGAGAGAAGAAAAAUAUCUGGUGUUGGGAGAAUAGCAUCAAUGCGAAGUCCUUGAGGAGAUGUCAGGACACUGUGUUAGAGCUGGAAGCUUGCCUUAGAAAUGAACUGAAUAUCAUCGUGCCAAACUAUUGGUGCUGGAAUCCCCAACUACACACCAAGCAUGACAAGAAAUUGAAGAAUAUAAUACUCUCAUCGCUGUCUGACAACGUGGCCAUGUAUUCUGGGUAUGAUCAGCUAGGGUAUGAAGUGGCAUUAACAAGGAAGCAUGUCCAACUUCAUCCUUCAUGUUCUUUGUUAAAUUUUGGUCAGAGGCCAGCCUGGGUAGUUUUUGGGGAUAUACUCUCAAUAUCUAAUGAGUAUUUAGUCUGUGUGAGUGCAUGCAACUUUGAACAAUUGCCUGCCCUUUCUCCUCCUCCGAGGUUUGAUUUCUUGAGCAUGAUUAACCGACAGUUGCAGAAGGUGAUCAUAUCAGGGUUUGGGAGUAUACUGCUGAAAAAAUUUUGUGGAAAAUCUAAUACUAAUUUGAGCCAUCUUGUUUCAAGUAUCAGAGAAUCAUGUGCAGAUGAACGGAUUGGUAUCGAAGUUAAUGUUGAUAAGAAUGUGAUAACUUUGUAUGCUACUUCACAAGAUAUGGAUAAAGUGCGUGGCUUAGUAAAUGAGGGAUUGGAGAGCGAAAAGAAGUUCCUGCAAAAUGAAUGCUUGGAGAAAUGUCUAUAUAAUGGAGGACCCAAGGUUUUACCUUCAUUUGCCCUCGUUGGAGCUGGUGCUGAAAUAAAACACCUUGAAAUCGAGAAGAGAUAUCUGACUGUUGACAUAUUUCAUUCAAAGUUUAAUGCACUUGAUGAUAGGGAACUCCUAGUUUUCUUGGAGAGAUUUACCUCAGGUCAUGUAUGUGUCGUUAGCAAGUUCUUUGGAUCGGGUCUAGACAAUGAAGACAAGGAUAAGUGGGGAAGGGUGACAUUUCUCACACCUGAAGCUGCCAAGACGGCUGUUGAACUAAAUAAUUUUAUGUUCAGUGGUGGACUAUUGAAAGUGCUUCCUUCGAGAAAUGUUGGCGUUGCUGAUUACAAAACGAUGUCUUUUCCUUCAGUCAGAGCCAACAUCUAUUGGCCUCGUAGGUGCAGCAAAGGGGUUGGUAUCAUCAAGUGUGAUCGGAAGGAUGUUGCUUCUAUUGUUGAUGAUUUAUCUAAUUUAAUAAUUGGAGGCAGGCUUGUUUGGUGUGAAGCAAGUGUCAAGUCUGAGGACAGUGUUGUAGUUACUGGACUUGAUAAGAAUCUUUCUGAGCCCGAAAUAUACCAGUUGCUAAGUGCGGUAACAAAUAGACGAAUACUGGACUUCUUUCUUUUCAGAGGAAAUCCAAUAGAGGAUCCUCCACUAGUGACUUUUGAACAAGCAAUUCUUCGAGAAAUUUUCCCUUUCAUGCCUAGAAGGAACACACAGGGUAAUGUUGUUGGUGUUCAGGUUUCCCAACCAUAUCCAAAGGACAUCUUCAUGAAAGCCUCAAUUACUUUUGAUGGAAGUUUACAUUUGGAGGCAGCUAAGGCACUGGAGCAAAUUGAUGGGAAAGCAUUACCUGGAUGUCAUGUGUGGCAGAAAGUACGUUGUGAACAGUUGUUUCAUAGUUCUGUGUGCUGUCCUGCACCUGUGUACACUGUUAUAAGGGCCGAUCUAGAUGCUUUGUUGUCAAGGCUCCGACAACGAAAUGGUGUAGAAUGGUGUAUUCUGGAGAGAAACCCCAACGGAUCCUACCGCGUGAAGAUCUCAGCCACCGCCACAAAAAUCGUGGCUGAUUUGCGAACAGAUCUGGAGCAACUGAUGAAAGGAAAAAUCUUGCAACAUCCCGAUAUUACCCCUGCAGUCCUCCAGGUUCUCUUCUCAUGGGACGGGAUUACCCAGAUGAAAAACAUUCAGCAAGAAACAAGGACCCACAUAAUCUUCGACAAGCACCGCAUGCUCUUGCGAGUGUUUGGCCCUCCCGCGGGAGUCGAAGAUGCAGAGUCCCGCCUCGUCUGUGCCCUCCUCUCUCUGCACGAAAGCAAGCAGCUCGAGAUCCGUUUGCGGGACGGGUCCUUUCCCCCCGACAUGAUGAAACGGGUCGUGCAGCAUUUCGGGCCCGACCUGCGUGGGCUCGAAGACAAGUUCCCCAACAGCCACUUCACCCUCGAGACAAGACGCCACUCGAUAUUCCUCACGGGAAAUAAAGAGCUGAAGCAGAAAGUCGAGGAGAUCAUCCACGACCUCGCACGAACGGAGGGGCUUCAGCCGGGCCCAGAAAACGCCGACGACCCCAGCUGUCCCGUCUGCCUGUGCGAGCUGGAAGACCCCCACGCGCUCGAGGGCUGCGGCCACAGGUUUUGCCGUAUGUGCCUGGUCGAGCAGUGUGAGUCAGCCAUCAAGAGUCACGACGGCUUCCCGCUUAAGUGCGCCAGGGAGGGGUGCGGGGCCUACAUCCUGGUUGCUGAUCUGAAGACCCUGCUGAACGUAGAGAAGCUGGACGAGCUCUUCCAGUCCUCGCUGGCUGCUUAUGUGGCUGGCAGUGGGGGAGUGUACAGGUUCUGCCCCUCACCCGACUGCCCGUCGGUUUACAGGGUGGCGAGCCCUGGGGAGCCGGGGGCACCGUUCACGUGCGAGGUAUGCCUGGUGGAGACCUGCACGGGGUGCCACCUGGAGUACCACCCGUACCUGUCGUGUGAGAAGUACAGGGAGUUUAAGGACGACCCGGACUUGUCCCUCAAGGAAUGGUGUGUCGGGAAAGAGCAUGUGAAGGUGUGCCCAAGCUGUGGUUUUACGAUCGAGAAGGUGGACGGGUGUAACCACAUAGAGUGCAAGUGUGGGAGCCACGUCUGCUGGGUGUGCUUGCAAGUGUUUGGGGCCAGUGAGGACUGCUACAGCCACCUGAGGUCCGUACACGAGGCAAUUAUUUGA